UCGGUCACUUUUCUAUUCCAGUUCGAUCAUGGCUUUCAUCGUACGUCUGUCAACUCUGACCGUCCUCACAGCCCUUCUGACACAAUGCCUGUCCGUGGAUGAUGGUUAUUAUUCUUACACAGUCGCAAGGUGUAAAUCGGAUGACUUCAGGCUGAAACGUUAUGUCGACUCACCAAUCCCGCGACUUGCUAGCAAUUACCAUUCCCACAUGAGAAUGCUAAAAGAUGCCAGCGGUUUGGAUUCAAAGCUGAAGCCACCUAUGGUCAUGACGGGCAACAUGGCGGUCACAAUGCAGGCGGCUAAAACCACCACACCUCCAAAACAUUCAGAGUCGACGACGAACUUGAGCUCUACGGCUUCAAGUUCUGAUACUCCCGGCGUGACCGAGGAUUAUCCUCCGAUGGACGGCUAUCCGAGAGACGUUUCCAACAACAACGCGACGCUCGAGAAAAACAACAUAACCAGAAAACAAACAGAUGAGCAUUUGUACUAUAACAGUACAUUGUACAUCGACGACAAAUUGAGCAAACACUACUGGGUCGACAUGGAUAACAAGGAGGAGGAUGUAAUCGUCAACGAAAUGCUCUCAAAUAGUCAUCGCAGAGCUGUUACUGUUAAACUGAAGUUUGACUUUCCGUUCUACGGCCACUAUGUGAGGAACAUAUCGAUAGCGACGGGUGGUUUCAUCUAUACGGGAGACUACAUACAUUCGUGGCUCGCUGCAACUCAAUACAUAGCACCGUUGAUGGCCAACUUCGCCACGAACCUGACCAAGGACAGCUACGUCAAAUACAGGGACAACGGCACAGCAUUCACAGUCGAAUGGGAGAGGGUGUGGCUCCUGGACUUGAAACAGGCCGGGCCUUUCACAUUCCAAGUGACGCUGCUCGACAAUGGCGACAUAAUAUUCGUUUACAAGGAUAUUCCGAUAUCAGUCAACUCAAUUCACGACAAACAACACCCGGUCAAAGUUGGUCUCAGUGAUGCUUACAUCAUUGACCACAACACCAUUACCGCCCGUAAGAAAAUCAUCUACGAAUACCAUCAAGUCAAUUUUAAAGGGCCUGAAAUCAAAAACUGGACCGUCAUCUACAUAAAUGCCCUGCUGACUUGCCACUCGUUGACGUCGUGCCUGGCGUGCACCUCCGUCAAGACAGGCUUUGAUUGCAAGUGGUGUCCGGAGCUCAACAGAUGUUCAACCGGUUUCGACAGGAAACGGCAGGAAUGGGAGCGGAAAAGGUGCGACUCACAUGCCAUCCAGAAUCCCUCUGCUUGCAUGAAGAAGAAGAGUAAGUUAGUUCAUUUGAUGCCACAGAACACCAACAGCAGCAGUGUACAAGAGGAGGAUGUACAACAUGUAUUGAAACUUGCCAACGUAAUCGCCCAUCCACAAAAUGAGAAUGAACCGAAACUCGCCAAUGUAAUCGCCCAUCCACAAAAUCAACAUGUACAGAAACUCGCCAACGUAAUCACCCAUCCUCAAAAUAAUCAAAACGAUAAGGAAGAGUCGACCUCGAUGGUCCACACUGGCCUGCUGGGAACGUUGUUCUUCAUGCUGCUCACUCUGGGCGGCGCAGUCUGGGUUGUGUACGCAUACCGGAAUCCACAUACGCAGUCGGGCCAGUUCCUCAUCAAAUACCGUCCGAGCCAGUGGACGAGGAGGAGAGGCGAGGCCAGAUACACGGCUGCUUCUAUACACAUGUGAUCCGAUUUACGAAGAGUGUCUUUGGGAUAUUUUUGUCCGAAAUAUAUUACACCUCCAAAACAAACAAUUGCAGUAAGUGAAAGAAGAAACACGAUACCAAGAACAAAGAAGAUCAAUGUCACUUUUUUUCUUCUCUUUUUUUUUUAGUUUGUCAAAAGAGAGAAAGAAAAAACAACACUGUAAAUACACUUUUAUUUAUAUUAGGGGUAUUCACGAUGUUUGUAAGAUUUUAACUCUUGUUACUCGAAUAAAGAAAUGUCCAGUAAGAUCGUGAACGCCCCCUUCUUUUCUUAGUAUGUUAAACGUUAAUUUUUCCGCAAAGCUGUGCGUGGCGAUUGGUAGAACCAAAAAUAAAGCUAUAAGGUUUUGUUGAACAACCUUGAAGGUGUGUUGUUUGUUUUGGUUUUCUUUUUUGUUAAAUUGUAAGAUGCCAGAAGUUAAUAAAAAA